GAUGUGUUGACUUCCCAGAACCAGAUGUGUGGUUCGGGUGCAGCCAGAUGGACUCUCACCCUACUGAUGGAAUCUCUACCACACUUCAAUGACUCGUAUCUGAAGGGAAAUCACUAGGGCAGGGACAGUGGAGGAAAAAGGGGUGGGACGGGCAAGGGCGUGUUGGAUCAGCCUUCACAAAAGCACCAGCAAAACCCGUGACACAAAUUGUGGCCUCUUGCUUUUCACCUCCACACGAAGCCGGCGGGACCCUGGUGGGCCCCUCACUCCUAUUCCACUCCCCAAGUCCAUGUCCGUAGGAGCCACGUUGACGGUCGUAUUCAAGCUAAAUAUUUAUUCGGUAAACACCUAAUAAUCUUAGGUGUGGCAGGACGGGCUUGGAGACAUUUAGUUUCAUCUGACCCCAUGGAGGAACUUGAAGAGCAAAAACUGGACAUGAGGGGCCUGAACAAACGGCUGAAGGGGUUCCUGGAUCAUGUGAAUCAGUUGGAACAGACCAACUGCGAACUGGAGGAGCAGAUUGAGGAGUGGGGAUUCAGGAACAUCGCACCACGGCGGGACUGGAGCGACAAGGAGGCGCUGGCGCAGGAACUGCGAGCUCAGGUUAGGAUGAUCAUAAUGGAAAAUGCAGAAGUUUUGUUACAAUCUGAUGCAGUGAAACUCAGGGCAGCACAUUUAAAGACAAGGUGUGAAACCGAGGAGAAACUCAGACUCCUAAAGGAGCAGGAGGUGUCACAACUGAAGCUAAAGAAGAAAGAAAUGGAAAUGGCCAACAGCCUGCUGGAAAAGCAGCUUUAUGAAUCCCAAAAUGAGAUACAGCAAAUCAUGGAGGAACAUGAGAGAGAGCUGGAUCAGCACCAGCGAGCAGUAGAGGAGUGUGAUAGAGUGCUAGCGCAGGUUGCUGCAGGAGAGGAUGGCAGAGCAAUGGAUCUCUCCCGGACCAGCACCCAGUGCGACCACUCCAGCCCAGCCCAGAGUACCCCUGACUCAGCCACACCACCAAAUCCAACCCCAGGCUCCGGUCUGGCUUCACAGAGAAGGCCCCGAAAGGAUGCAACCAGCCCCACAGCUGCGUUUCCGCCACAGGUGAGAGCAGGUGAUGAGGCCCUGAAGGAGGCACGAGCCGAGCUCGCUGAGGCCCGGAAGCGAUGGCACCGUCUACAGGUUGAAAUCGAAUCGCUACAUGCCUUGGAAAGGAGUCUCCAAAGCUCCCUACACCACACUCAGCUCCAGUACUCUGUGCAGCUGAAGGAUCUGUCCCGGUCUGUCAGGGGUCUGGAGUCUGAGCUAGAAACUGUGCGGGAUGGUCUGGAAAUCCAGAAACAGAACCAUAGUCAGCUCCUCAACACCAAGAUGAGGCUGGAGAGAGAGAUUGCAACCUAUAGGAAACUCCUGGAACAUGAAGAGGGCAGGUUUCUGAACUCAGAUGGUCAGUCUCUAAAGCUGAAGCCAUGGAAGGGGUCAAUUCCUGCUCCAGAGCAGAACGGCCUGCCCAACGGAUGUGAAGAUAUCGCUGGGCCAGUCUUCUCUGAGAGAACUUCAAAAAUAAGCCCGGCCCUUCAGCGACAGCAGAGUCUUGUCAUCCUCACAGAACCAGCUCUAAACAAAGAUGGGGAGAUCUGUACUGUGAAGACUCAGGAGAUUCUGGAAGGAAAUGUAGUGAGGGAGAGUGCAGAGGGUCACGGAAAUGUGGAGACAGAGAAGAUUGACAAGGUAAUCAGGCAAUGGGAAGGGUCAUUCUUUAAAGGAAAUCCCAAGCUAAGGAAGAAAUCUGUGUCUCUGCGUUUCGACCUUCACAUGGCUGUAGCGGACGAGGGUUGCAGCCAAACAAAACAGAACAGUCUCCCUAACGUGGAGGUCCGUCUGGUCAUGAAACGGUCUCGCAGCAUACCCACUUUUGCCCAGUGAUGUCAUGAUGCUACUACACCACAACUGUGACAUCACCAUGCUACCACAUCACAACUGAGACCUCACAAUGCUACUGCAUUACAAUUAAGUGGUGGUGACCACGUCUCAAUGUCUUGGCGGCUAAUAAAAGCAAAUCACUUUAGUAACGUCAUAAAACUCUUACCAUUUGAAAGAAAAAAGAAACUCAUGCAGAUAGAGCUACUUAAAGAAAUUUCAAGGCAAAUUAAUUUGUAGUUGAUUUAUUUUACUUCACACUUAGAUGUCUGAAGAUGAAUGGGGAGUAAAAAUGUCUUGCAGUGUUUCAGAUUUCAUUGUGACUUUAGAGUGUGACUCUCUCUGUGGACGCUCUACUGCCACAUUAUUGAUUAUUAGCACAUAUUACAUUACUGAAAACCUAUAAAACUAUUGGUUUGUGAAAAUGUGUAUAGUAUAUACAUCUAUAAAGCUGAAUCUUAAGUCUCAGUGAGAAAUGGUCAGUGACGAUACAGAGAUUUCACAUUCAGUGCAGCAUAACAAAAGAUGCGUUAUUGCGUUUGACAAAUGUUACUGGAACUAAUUUUACACUCCAGUGAACGCUAAGGGGUAUCAAGUUCUGGUUCUGCAGGAGGCUAUAGUGUGAACCAAAACAAAAUAUUGUGAAAUUUGCAAAUGUAGCAAAAAUCAGCAGCCAAAAAAAAAAAAUAAUAAUAAAUUUAUGGUGAAACCGAUGUACUGUCCCCACGAUAUUGCCUGCAUGGACCUGUACAGAAUGACUAGCAGUCUAUCACUGCAGAGAGAAUGAGAUGCUAAAAGUGAAAUGUUGACUAUGAACUUCUCUACUACUACUUACACUCGCCUAUAAAAGUUAAAUUGCUUUGUAUUACGGAUGCAUAUAGUUUACGCUUCAUUUAAAGUGCAGAUAUUGUGUCUUCCAAUCAAAAAUUAUGCAGGAUUUUUCAGAAAACUUGAAAUGAUCAUACUUCAACAAC